UACCCCCCAAUAGUGUCGUCUAGGUGCGUUACGCUAACCUAUAUUUAGUUCUUAUGGUUGUGCAUACGCAUGUUCUAAUAUUUGCAUCCGGCUUUAUAUAUCGGAGGAUCAAUAAUUUGUCUUUUUACCGUACAUUUCACUGAUCUUUUCUCGAAUAGAAAAACAUGGGUGGAGCUGGCUUAAUUGGAAUCAGUAUUGUAGCAGGAGUUUUACUGUUGGUUGGAUUAGUCACCCCAGGAUGGUUAGGAAUUGACGUCAAGUCAGGCGAGAAUGAUGUUUCGAUCAACAUGAAUAUAUUUUACAGUAGAGUAUGUGUACAGGAAUCUGCAAUUGACACUUGUUUGACUAUGUCAAAUGCUGCUGCAAUGGAGCGUGCGACCAGCUCAGUUGACAGUUUCAGAUUUACAGAGUAUUUAGUUGAAGCUGUCGGAGCCUUAAUUGGCUGUGGUUGUGGAACUAUAUUAGCCAUAAUUUAUGGCUUAAGUGUUGUGAGAGAACAAGACAGCAUCAGACCUCGAUCUAGCAAUUUAGCCGUUACAGGACUUGUUUUCUCUAUAAUAGGAGGUAUUUGUGGCGGCAUUUUGGUUAUCGAAUUCAUCAUCAUACAUACAAAGAUGGAUAUGGUGACGGAAACCUACGGAGAACAACUAGAAUCUAGUAACGUUGGAUUAGAGAAGUCCUUCCCAUACUCACUGGUCAUCAUGUCACUUGGUCUGUUCUUUGAGCUUAUUGCCGUCAUCGUUCAUAUUUCUUGUAUGAGAACUCCAUACACUGGAACUCCAAAUGGUAUCAUCCUUACUCCUGCAGUAAACGGACCUACAGCUGUCGUUGUCCAGCACUCAACCGUAUCAUCAACUCCAUACGCUAGGUUCGCUUAGAAUGAACACAGUGAACUGCGUGUUGUUUGACAUUAACAAAAUAGGACUGCUUACUUAUAAACUGCAUAAUACCAAUUUCAUUUGACAUACAAAAUUUUGUGGAAUCAUGGAUAAUGAAAUAAUAUUAUGUCUUUUAAAUUAUAAGUUUUGUGUUUAAAUUUUUCAUUCUGAAAUACGUCAAAAAUCAUAUUUUGGUAUUGGUAUACCGGAAAUUAAUUUCAACUUGAUAAGUCAUUUCCAAUCAUUAACCUUAUUUCCCGAGAGUCUAUAAACCAUCCUGACGGUAACCACAAAAUAGCUGAUUUAGCGGGGACGCACAUGGGGACGUUUUUAAUUUAUUCACUUAUCUGCAAAAAAAAAAAAUCCAUGCAAUACCCCAAGUCAUAGAGGUUCUGGAUCCGCCUCAUUUCUUAUAACUCCCGGUAAAUAAUUUCAUUUACAUUAAUGUUUGCUGUUUAAUUCUAGUAAUACGAACUAUUUGGAACCAUAAAUUUAUAUUAACAAAACGACAUGAAUGAAAUGAUCCCAUUCGUAUUCUGUUAAGUGAAUAGCGGGUUAUUUUGUUUAGUGUUUGCUCAUAAAACUUGCUUUAUAUCUGUAUAAACACUACAAUUUAUUUUUGUAAAUCAUCAGAUAGAAAAAAAUAUAUUCAUAAAUUGAACCACAUUACAAACUCGUAAUUAAGUAAUUAUUACCAAAAUGUACCAUCUGGUACCAUAAUUUCAUAAGCAUUGUUCAAAUGGUUGUAUAUUUAUCAUGUUACAGAGAAAUACAAAAAGCAAGAUACAAGUUUAGUAAUGGACAUCUGGUCAUAUAUUAUCUUGCUUUAAAGUUUAUUAAUGUUUAUAAAUUUCACGUACAGAGAUGCUUACUGGGCACUGUCAUUCUGAAAUGCAUAAUUCUAUUAUUUAAAUUUAGUAUUUCAUGUGUUACAUUCUAGUAACAUUCCAACGUCUAUACAUUCUUAUAAUGUUAGGCACUGAAUUUCACUGUAAAGUAGGAUGUGCAGUUAUUAACAGUCUUGAAUAUGUUUUGUUUAUUUUUAUUACGUCACCUUACACAAUGUAUGUAUAUAAUUAUUGUUGAAUAAUAAAAUCAUCAUUAGUUUU